AUGCUCAUCUUGGGCGCAACCGGCCCAGCAGGCGUUUGUUUGCUGCGCGAGAACCUCUUCCGCAAACAUGCUACUAUCGCCUACGUGCGCAGUAGAAGGCCAGAUGGAAAUACAGACAAGCUCAGUCUCGUCGUUUCAAGGGCUACAGUUAUUAUUUCCCCUCUGGGACCGACCGGAAAGACUAUAGAGGAGUAUCCAUACCCGGGCUAUUACUCGACCAUUAUUCCGUUGGUGCGCCAGCACUCGGUCAAGCGCAUCCUCGUCUUGGCCACCGUGUCCGUCGAAGACAGCGACGAUAAGUCCUCCUUCGUGCGUUGCGCUUUGGUGACGGGCGUCAAAUACAGGUUCGCGGCAGCCUAUUGCACCAAUGUGGCCAUAGCAAAGGUAUUCCGGGAGACUGCCGAGGGUGUCAACUGGACAGUCUUCCGCGUCGGCAUGGUUCAGGGCGAGCAUGACGAGGGGAGCUGGCGGAAUGACAGGCAGGGUGUCGUCUUCGCGGGAUCGGUCGGCGAGCCUGGCUAG